UGUUUACGCGCCUCGAAAUGGGUGAACGCUUCUCGCUACAAAAUUCAUGCGGUUGCCGAGUCCGAACAUGGAAAGUUUAAGGCGCCUUUCCAUUGUUCCCAUCUCCCGUCCUUUGCGUUUCGAUGUACCCGAAACUGGAAGUGAACCGAAGCAUCUUUAGCGAACUGUUCUGCUGCGACUGCGAGGACAGACGCUUCACAGCCGCUCGAGACACCCAGCAAAGUCUGGCAGAAGACCCUUCUCACUAAACAAGGGAGAUCAGCUCUGCCUUUGAGACGCCUUGGAAUCGGACAGGGGGCUUUUCCCAGGAGUGUGUCCGGCGCAGUGAACCCGCAGAACGGUGCCUUCACCAUGGACACGGACUCCAUCGGCAGGAAGCAGGAGGAACCGGAUACGACGGGAGGUAGUGGUGAAAAUAAUUGUGGCGGUGAGGAAGAGAAGGAUGAUGAGCUCUAUGACAGCCUUGAACUACCAGCACUGACACAGGAAAAAGGAAUAUCAAGAGGUAUCAGUAAAAUCCUGCCAAUGCAGCAAAACAAAGUCCAUAAAAUAUCAAGGCUGGGCCACCAGGCGGAUGAAUAUGCAGACUUGCGCUAUGAUCCCAACUGGAAGCUGAACUUUGAGCAGCUCUACAAUGACAGGAACCAGCUCGCCCUGCUGGAGAGCAGGUACUUUCUUUUCAGAGAGGUGUCUGAAGAAGGCCUCUGCAGCGAGGAAGGCGAUGUUGCGGGAAGAGAAAUAGAGAAGCAGAGAAACAUCUCCCGGGUCCCCGCCGUGACGUUUUCGCCCGGCACGUCAGAGCACCGCUUGGAGUUGAGCUCAGAGAUGCCCCCAACUCCUUACCAUCCACCUUGGCGAGAGCAUAUGGUAAAUCACACGGAGCUGCGUGGUUCUGCGCACCGAAGCCCACGGCUGGCACCUGAAGGUGCCCCCGACAGAAAUCAUUCGCAUGAACAGCUGGUUAAAGCACACGAGCAUUUUGAUGGGACUGAUGGUAGAUCUGCAGGGCAGCACCAGUUCAGUGAACAGAAAUACGCGCACGACAGCCAGACCGUUAAAAACAAGCAGGAGAAAGCUGGACGUAAGGCGAAGCCCCUCCGCUUGUUGCCAACGGUGAAGGAAGCCAGAGCGAAGCGGGACAUUGUAGAGCGGAACAAGGUGACCCUGGGCAUGAACACUCCCAAGCAGGGCUCGUACCUUUGGACACAUGAGAACAAGGGAGAGAAAGGCUACACUAAAAAGAAUGAGUCAGAAACAAGAGAGAAGGUGUAUAGUGCUGAUAGCCUGGAGGAUGUGGAUGAAGCUCUGGAUGCAGAGCAAAGGUGGCAAAGGAGAGCGCAGAAACUGAAGCUAGCUCAGGGCUGCAGUGCCAAGAAAGGGCAGAAGGCAGAAAGAAACAAUCAUAAUCCAGCGCAAGACAGGAGACAGAAUCUCCCAAGAUCCUUGGCACACGAGGACAGGAACGGAAAGAGAGUCAGUCCAGUGUCGGACGCGUCUCAGUGGUCCAAAGCGUCUGCUCCGGCUCUGCAACCGAAGUGCCUGCAGGGGACUCCCACUGUGAACCUGAACAUCAACGUCAACACGCCUUCUGACAUCAUGUCUUUCUUGGACCAGCAAACCUCAGAGCACAGUGUCUCCACCUCUCACAACCCCGUGUUGAGGGCCAGGCCUCCAGGCAUCUACCACUUACCAACAGUGGGCUCUCAUUUGAACCUCUGGCUUGCCCCAUCUCAGGUGGUCCCGUACUACAACCCCAGACUGGCGCAACAGAUUCCCGCCCUCCCUUCCUCAGAUCAAGGUGCAGACCAGCAGAAUCUGGAAAGACAGAAUUUCCGAGGUGGACGCAGUGGAGGGUUGCUUUUGCCGGACCAGGGUAAUCCCUCAUUUGUGAGCAUGGAUCCAACCAAGGCAAGGGGCCUUCCUGCAAAAUGGCAACAUGCUGUUGAGCAAGUCGUCUACCAGGACCUGGGCAAUCAGCGCAUUAUGCAACAAUAUAAGAGCUGUUUGCUGAGUCCUGGCCUCACACCCCCGAGCUCAAGGCUUUACCAAGUGCUGCCCCCUAUCGGGCAGACAGCGGGAAGCAGCGCUGAACCGAGCAGCCAGAGAUCCGGGCAGCGAGUGAACAGCCUUCGGCGGAGCGUCUCAGAGGGCUACCUUGCAAAAUUGGAGAAGCAAAAGCAGCUUAAGGAAAGAGCUGCAUACAAGGCCUACACCCUAAAAGACUACAAAUCCCUACAAAAGGAUAUUAAACUUGGAGGACUUGGACCAAAUUAUAAAAUAUCAGAAGUUACUGCAGAGAAAAUGAGACGACAGAGGGAGUAUUCAAAUACCAUCCGGGAGCAGAACAAGAAGAUAGUCAAGGAUGCUUCUUUGGUGAGCAGAGAUCCAGUGGACAAGGAUAACAAGGACAUGGUACCCAGGAUGAAGGCUUUGGAAUAUGCAAGGAACAUUCCAAAGCCCAAGGUGCCCUCUCAGCAGAAGAACAGGGAGGUAACUAAGAAAGAAAGUUUCACUGAGCAUGUGCAAAAUCUGGAGUACCUAGACAUAUCCCAGCUGGCCACGCUGGAGAUGUUGCGGAAGCGUCAUGAAGAAGAAAAGCAGGCCAUAGCUCAUUUCAGAAUCCCACAGCUCAUUUAAUCCCAUGAAUCUAACAUUCAGUGAUAGAUGACAUGAAAUGUGGCGGUUUUUUUUCCACUUUACUAUGAAAUACUUGUGUGAGGUUUGUAAGCACUUACGAACAGCUUGUCAGAACCUCAGAGUGCAUUAUUAUAAUAAAAUCGAAAUUAAACUUGUUUCACUUCACUUUUAAUUCAUUAUGAUC